AUGUCGGAGGCGGAAAAUCGUGUUGAUUAUUUAAAAAAAGAACGGACGCUGUCCAAUGUUCGUACUCUGUCUCCGUCACACAAAUACAUCGUAAAAGGCGUUCGUGAGAUUUUCCAUUUUGGUCAAUUUCGUCGACAGAUAAAUCAAUUAAGGGCAGCAGCAUCGUGGAAAGAUUUUUGA